AUGCAAAAACGUCGUGCAGAAAUUAAGUUAAAUCCAAGUUAUAAUCGCAUCUAUGCGCAUGGACAUACUUAUUGGGAGGGUCCUAUUAAUGAUGGAAUAGAUCGUGGAAAUAAAUCAUAUUUUUGUCCUGUUGGAUGGCAAAGAUGGUCAUUUUAUGUUACUGAUAACUUUGAUCAAAAAUUCAAAGGAUGGUGCAUCGGUUAUCAUGGGACAAAGUUUGCACACGGUUUAUCAAUUUUACUGAGUGGAUUGAAACCAGCAGAGAUUAAGGCACAUGGUGCUGGAAUAUAUGCUACUCCAUCGAUUAAUUAUGCUGCUCAUCCAAGAUAUUCUGAAGUUAAAUUAGUUGAAUCAUCCACUAGAAAAAAAAUUUUCAAAACGAGUAAAUACGUACAAUUUGUAUUAGAAUGUCGUGCUCACCCAAGUAAUAUUAUCAAAGUAGAUCAACACUAA